AUCCAAGGGACCAGGCCCUUCUCUUUGUCUGCUGCUGCCAGAGCCAUCCUGGGGAUGGGCAGGUGGGGAGGUGACGGCGGGAAGCAGAAGCUCACCUUGCAGGACGUGGCAGAGCUGAUUGGGAAGAAGGAGUGUCGGCGAGUGGUGGUGAUGGCUGGCGCUGGGAUCAGCACCCCCAGUGGCAUCCCGGAUUUUAGGUCCCCGGGGAGCGGCCUCUACAGUAACCUCGAGCAGUACAACAUCCCUUACCCUGAAGCCAUCUUUGAGCUGAUGUAUUUCUUUGUCAACCCUAAACCCUUUUUCACCUUGGCCAAGGAGCUCUACCCUGGCAACUACAGACCCAACUACGCCCACUAUUUCCUGAGACUCCUGCACGACAAAGGGCUCCUCCUGCGCCUCUACACCCAGAACAUUGACGGGCUGGAGAGAGCUGCUGGGAUCCCUCCCGAUAAGCUGGUGGAAGCCCACGGCACCUUUGCCACUGCCACUUGUACGGUCUGUCGAAGGAAGUUCCCAGGAGAGGACUUCAGGGGGGACGUCAUGGCAGACAAGGUCCCUCGCUGUCCCGUCUGCACCGGAGUCAUCAAGCCCGACAUUGUCUUCUUUGGCGAGGAGCUCCCGCAGCGCUUCUUCCUGCACGUGACAGACUUCCCCAUGGCAGACCUGCUCUUCGUCAUCGGGACGUCCCUGGAGGUGGAGCCCUUUGCCAGCCUGGCAGGAGCUGUUCGUGGCUCCAUCCCCCGAGUCCUUAUCAACCGAGAUCUCGUAGGCCCCUUCGCCUGGCAGCAACGCUACAAUGACGUAGCCCAGCUCGGGGACGUGGUCAGUGGGGUUGAGAAGCUGGUGGAGCUGCUGGACUGGAAUGAAGAGAUGCAAACACUGAUUCAGAAGGAAAAAGAAAAGCUGGAUGCAAAAGACAAAUAGGAGAGCUGGCUCCCUGCUGCUGGGGAGCCACCUUCGCCUUCUAAAGGAGAUGGUGUCGUGCCCAGCGUGGGCAGAGAAGGAGAUCACGGCAGGGAGCUGCGGGAGAGGCCGUCCGGCUCUGCAGCAGCAAAUCCACACAGCACUGGCGUGCCGGGGAGGAUGCUGGUGGCUCAGGCCAGCCUGGGAGC